ACGAACCAGAGGCAGCUAUCGACGGUACAAGUGAGUACAUUUUUGGUCUAAAAUGUACUCCAAACAUCACUGAACUUAACCGAAACAACAUAAAAAGCCGAUAUACGUGUGAAAUAAUCAAUCGAAAGUGAAAAUUUAUGUGAGUCUGUUAGAUUUUGUUUCUAAAUUAAAAUAUUUAUUUCGUCAAAAAAAAAAAAAAACUGGGAGUUGUCACGAAGGUUAUAAGUGUAACAGAAUGGAAGAUAUUUUUCACUGGUGCCGUGAGGGGAAUUCUAUACAGGUUCGCCUGUGGUUGGACGAUACUGAACAUGAUAUGAAUCAAGGUGACGAUCACGGUUUCAGUCCGCUACAUUGGUGUGCCAAGGAAGGUCACACGAAGCUCGUGGAAAUGCUGUUGCAUCGCGGUGCCCGCGUGAAUGCUACCAACAUGGGUGACGAUAUUCCGCUUCAUUUGGCGGCGGCUCACGGGCACUUGGAGAUCGUACAAAUGUUAAUUCGUCAUCGUUCGGAUGUAAACGCUGCCAACGAACACGGCAACACGCCGCUCCAUUAUGCUGCCUUCUGGGGUUAUCAGCCGAUCGCCGAAGAGCUGGUUAGCAAUGGUGCUUUGGUUUCCCUGGCCAAUAAGGAUGGCGACACGCCAUUGGAUAAAGCCAAAGCGCAACUGGCUACGCGCUUGCACAACUUGGCCGUGGAAAGCGGGCAGGAGUUGAAGAAAAUCAGCUUCAAGGAUCAGAGCUGGUUAGGCAUGAAGACACGUUCACGAGAUGCCACACUGUCUCGAUACAAGGGUAUCAACAUCAAAGAUCUGAUGCUGCAUACGAAGCUGGCCAUUACACCGGGUGGGGAAACCUGGCGUGGUAGAUGGCAAAACAAUGACAUCGUGGCCAAGAUAUUAGCGAUUCGCGACUGCAAUUCGCGAGUUAGUCGCGACUUUAACGAAGAAUUUCCGAAACUAAGAAUCUUCUCCCAUCCGAAUAUUUUGCCAGUGAUUGGUGCUUGCAAUGCUCCGCCACGACUGAUUGUGAUUAGUCAGUAUAUGCCUAGGGGUUCGUUAUAUGAUCUACUGCAUGGAGCUGCCGGCAUUGUUGUUGAUACAGCACAGGCUGUCCGAUUUGCAUUGGAUAUGGCUCGUGGAAUGGCGUAUUUGCACUCUCUCGAAAGGAUUAUACCUGAAUAUCAUCUGAAUAGUUUUCAUGUUAUGAUCGACGAUGAUUUGACGGCCCGCGUUAACAUGGCGGAUGCGAAGUUUUCCUUCCAGGAGCGUGGCCGAGCCUAUCAGCCAGCCUGGAUGAGUCCGGAAAUGCUGCAGAAGAAACGUAGCGAUCGCAACUGGGAAGCUUGCGAUAUGUGGAGCUUCGCUAUUUGCAUCUGGGAGCUGGCAACGAGGGAGGUUCCUUUCGCUGAUCUUUCACCAAUGGAAGCGGGAAUGCGCAUUGCUACGGAAGGACUGCGGGUCACCAUUCCGCCGGGAACUUCCCCACACUUGUGCAAAUUGAUAAAAAUCUGUAUGAACGAAGAUCCGGGUAAGCGUCCCAAGUUCGACAUGAUUAUACCGAUACUUGAAAAGAUGAAACGUUAAGUGGGGAGCAGUACGCUCGGCUUCAUAUGGAGAAAUGUGCCUUUUAUGUCUUCUCUUAUUUAUAUUGAUUGAAAGUCCUAGCGAGGGCUGACUAUUACUCUGCCAAAACGUAACCGUGUGCUGAACUAAUUACCAAUCCAGGAACUCCAGGUUUUUUUCUUCCUAGUGUACAAAUGACAAUAAGUAACCUACAAUUCUCAGUUUUGUUUAGCGUUUGUGUGUUGUGCUGUUCUUGACAGUUGGCUAGAAAUAGGAGGAUGUACUGUCUGAGCAACUAGGAAUUGUUGUAGAACAACACAACUCCCAAACAAUUUUUAUGUUUUCGUUGAUGUUCACAACUAAGUAACAUAUGAAACACACAGUGUCUUACGAAAAACUAGUAUUAAUACGGAUUUUUAGGGACAGAUUUGUCCACAAGAAAACACAAUUAACUGGAAUUAAUUAUAACAAGUGCAUGUUCGUAGAACUAAAAAAUAGUAGAUAUGUAGGAUGAGAUUUAUUUUUAAUAAAUAAAU